ACGAGUGUAUUUAAUAGUAGUUGAUACGGAACUGAAUCAACACUGAAACAAAUUGAGUUGCCUGCCAUGGAAAUUCUAAGCACUUCAUCCCUCCUAUCACCACCCAUCUCAGCGCCAAACCCCAGAAACGCAUACGCCAAAAAACCCAUUCUACACAUUCCAUCGUCUCCACGAAUAGCGCCACUUCUUUCCACCCAGAGAUCAUCGAAUUCCCAGAUUGUCACCGCGGUUUCUCCUACGACGGUGGAAUCUUCGGCGCCGCCCUAUCAAGAAGUUGGAGCCGAGAAGAGAGAGGAGAAGUUCGAGUGGUACGAGCAGUGGUAUCCGGUGUGGGCGGUGUGCGAUCUGGACAAGACGAGGCCGCAUGCAAGGAAAGUGAUCGGGAUCGAUGUGGUGGUGUGGUGGGAUAGGAAUGAGAAUGCAUGGAAGGUGUUUGAAGAUAGUUGCCCUCACCGAUUGGCUCCCUUGUCGGAGGGGAGGAUCGAUCGGUGGGGCAGGCUGCAGUGUGUGUACCAUGGCUGGUGCUUCGGCGCCGACGGCGAUUGCAAAUUCAUCCCUCAGGCAACGCGCGACGGCCCUCCGAUUCACAAUGCAAAGAAGGCGUGUGUAGCCGUUUAUCCUAGUUGUGUGCAAAAUGGCAUUCUUUGGUUCUGGCCAAAUUCAGAUCCACACUACAAGGACAUACAUUCAAAGAUAAAGCCACAUUACAUCCCAGAACUUGACGAUCCAUCCUUUGCCAAUACAACAUUGAUGUCAAGGGAAUUAGGCUACGGGUAUGAAGUCCUGAUUGAAAAUCUUAUGGACCCUGCUCAUGUUCCGUAUGCGCAUCAUGGCAUAAUGAGGACUGGAAGAGUGGUUGAGAGUCUGAAGGCUGACAGAGAAGGAGGCACGCCGCUUGAAAUAGGGGUUCAGAAAGUGGAUGUGAAUGGCUACACUUCAAAGCAAAUAUAUGGCGACAACUACUUCAUUGCGCCUUGCCUAUACUACGCCUAUUUCUCUCCGGUGGCUGGUCAGAGCACGGACAAGGCAUCAUCGGAGGUGGUGCUGCCCCCUAUUCCCCCCGAGAAGACAGCUAUGCUUGUUUUCUUGUGCAUCCCGGUUAGUCCGGGGCGUAGCAGGCUGAUCUAUGCAGUUCCUAGGAACUUUGCUGUCUGGAUGGAUCGGAUUGUUCCACGUUGGAUAUAUCAUAUUCGACAGAACUUGAUUCUUGAUUCGGAUCUCUAUCUUCUUCAUGUCGAGGAAAGGAAGCUGAUGAAAGAUGUUGGGCCAAUGAAUUGGCAAAAAGCUUGCUACGUUCCAACAAAGUCCGACGCCCUCAUUGUGGCGUUCAGGAGGUGGCUGAACAAGUACGGCGGCGCGCAAGUUGAUUGGAGAGGUAAAUACACCGGAGAGCUUCCACCCACUCCUCCAAGAGAGCAGCUCUUUGAUAGUGAGUGUGUGUGCUCGAUGGCCUCAGGUACUGGACCCACACGGUGGGUUGCAGCAGCUGCAGCGUCGCCUAUAAACGUCUCAACGCGUUGGUGAUCGCCCUUCAAGUUGUCUCCAUCGCUUCCAUUGCAGCCGUAGCUGCAGCCAAACAGGGCGCAAUCACCAUUGCUGCUAGGUGUUCUCUAGCUUCAAUGGCUGUGUUGUGCUUUGUGGCUUCGAAAUGGCUGUCGCAUUUCAUCUACAAAACUUUUCGAUACCAUGACUAUGAUCAUGCUUUCUGCUAAACACUUUUUUCUUGACUUCAUUCGAUGCCAUGACUAUGAUCGAAUUAGCUAGCUAGGGUUUAUUCUCACUGCAUGUGCGAAUGUUGGUCAUAGUCACAUUCUGACGAACUGAUUAGACAACUAUUUUGUGUAUUAAUUUUUCUUUUCUUUUCUUUUUUUAUGUUUUUAGUAUUUUUCUAUCGUAUUAAUUCAUGCGUUUCGUUUCGUGCUUUCAA